AUGGCCCGUACUAAACAGACUGCCCGCAAGUCCACUGGAGGCAAGGCUCCACGGAAGCAGCUUGCCACCAAGGCAGCUCGCAAGUCCGCCCCAGCCACCGGUGGUGCCAAGAAGCCCCAUCGUUACAGGCCCGGAACCGUCGCCCUUCGUGAGAUCCGUCGUUACCAGAAGAGCACAGAGCUACUCAUCAGGAAGCUGCCCUUCCAGCGCCUGGUGCGUGAGAUCGCCCAGGAUUUCAAGACUGACCUGCGCUUCCAGUCGUCUGCCGUCAUGGCUCUGCAGGAAGCCUCUGAGGCUUACCUGGUGGGUCUUUUCGAGGACACCAACUCCAAAGCAUCCACGCCUGCUGCCACUGCCAUGACAUCCAGUCACCAAGAUCCUCAUGAGGAGUUGCUGUCCUCUCCUUGGGGAAACAAAAAAGCACAACAAAAACCUACCAGACAUCUAGAGAACUCAAAUUCUCAGGCCAAAGAACUUCGUUCUAAGAUAAUUUUCAUGACAAUCGAAAUGGUUGCGUCGGAGAGCUGCUAA